GCCGUCGUGUUUCAACGGCAGAAGAGGGGAGUGACGUUGCGAGUGCGCCGACUCCAACUUACAAUCACCUGUUCUUUCGUGAUUGGCAAGAACCAAUAAGAAUUGGUUAAUUUGAAUCUUUAACCGUUUUCUCCCCGUUACAUCCCUCCACAAACCACAAGGCACAGGUGUACUCCAUCUUGUUUUACAUUUCUUCUUUCCUUUGUUCAGUUCGUUAUCUGACUCCGGACAUUACGGUCAAACUGAAGACGGCGUCUGUGAUAUCUGAUUAUAACUGCGGCGAAUCAAUAUGGAUCACUCAAUUCCUGGUUUUAAUUGGGAACAGGUUAACGGAUGCCGUAUCUUAGGUCCGAGGAAGGGGGAUGAAAACUACAAUCCUCCCUUGGGUAGUGAAGUAUUCGUUGGUAAACUGCCACGUGAUUGCUUCGAGUUCGAAUUGUACCAAUUUAUGAGCAAAGUCGGUCCCGUGUAUGACAUCCGUCUAAUGGUAACUCUUUAUGGUGAGAAUCGCGGAUUUGCUUUUGUACGUUUCUAUGAUCCGGAGACUGCAGCUAAGGCUAUCGAUGAAAUGAAUCAGAAGACUAUAAGGCCUGGUCGUCGCAUAGGUGUUACAAUAUCUACCGACCAUCGUACCCUACUGCUUAUCGGGUUGGAUUGCAGAGUAUCGAGAGAUGAUAUUUUUAAGGUCUGUGACUCAGCCUUGCCUGGGAACUUGAUGUUAGUAACAGAGCUGCCCAGUGCACGACCUUCUUACUUGCUUCAGUAUGCAACGCACCGUGCAGCUGCCAUCACCAAGCGCUCACAGACCCAAAUGCUGCCUCCACAGUGGGGUCCUUCAGUGCGUAUCAUAUGGCAGCACAAUGAAGAAGUAGAAAUGCGCAACAAAAACAGAAGGUCAAGAGAAGCAGUCAGGCGUAUGGUUGAGCUGUACAAGCAAAAGUUCUCCAAGCAAUCACUUGAGAGCAGUGCAAUCCUUCCUGUCACUGAAACAUGCACCUUAGCAGAAGAUACAAAUAACCUGGAUCUAAAUAUGGUGACCUUGUCUCUUGGCAAAGAUUUAAUGCAUCAUCUGACAGGUGGAGACAUGCAGGAAGGAACAUCCUCUCUUCAAAGACCUCAGAACACAGAGCAAAACUACUCUCCAUGGGGCAGGAAAGAUGUGUUGGAUGAGAUUGCUUGGCCUGAUGACAACAGUGCCAAAAACACGACAGUUCAAUUCCCUCAGCCUUCGACUUCGCAAUUUUGCAAUUUAGAUGUCAGUGAUAACAUAUUGGGGCCAUUGGAAGGUAAAGGGGUGAAAAGCUGCCCUGAUGUAUUAUUUAUGUCUUUGGAUCAUGCUGACAAUGCUGGAGAAGGUAGAGAAGAAGUGAAGGAGAAUUACCGCAAGCAGCCAGUAGUUGCCUACGUCCGGCCAGAUCCAGCCGCUGGAACCUUUACACUGGAUAAUACUCCAGUGGAACAAAAAUCAGAACAAAACAGUCAGAUGGCUCGUGUGGCCUACGUUAGAGCUGACGUAUUGGGCUUGGAGGCCAGUGCCUUAUCUCAGCUGUGCCAUAAAACUUCAGAUGCCACAGGGACUUCUCUCCAAGCUCCAAACAAUAGCAGCCGACCCAUUUUGGGCCAAAAAUCUGUUUUCCAGCCGCAAAAAUCUCUCAGAUUUUAACAACCUCCAAAGUAUUCAGGAGCAGCUAGGAAGAGAGGAUAAUUCAUUCAUUCACUUAUAUUUUCUGAAUAUAUUCAAUGUAUUAGAAUUUAAGGUUUGGAUAUUUACAAAUGGCUUGAUUUGGUCUGAUAAAAUUAAUUGGUUUUCAGAAUAAUUUUAAAAUACGACAAUAUAAUAGUAAAUAUACAAUUAUGCAUCAAUUAUAAGAAUAUUACAGAAUCGUCACAAAACAAAUUGCUUUUUAGAAUUUUAACAAUUAUCAAAUGUUUUGAUAAUUCUGAAAACCUGUUUCUUUUGUAAUACUUCCAAAAUAGUAUAAUCAGUAUCCAUUCAUACAAACAAUUAUAUGGAAUCAUUAAAUAAACAUUAAAUCCUUUCAGCAUUGAUUAUAAAAUCAUUCAUAAUAUAAAUAUCUGCCUAGUUGAGUAAAACCAUAAACAAGUUCCAACUUUUUAAAAGUAUUACAUUAUUGAAUGAAUCGAUUUUACUCUUUGAAGCUCAAGUAAUAUUGUAAUUUUUAAAUAUUGAACUCAAAUCCUCAUUAUUACAAACAUAUCAGACACAUAAUCUAUUUUUUAUUGCAAGUAAUUUCAAACCUUAUGUUCAAAUACUCAUUUGUGUAAUUUACUUUCAUUUUAUUAUAUUUCUCUCAUUGUUAUUUAUAGGAUGUUUAAUUUCAUAAGUUUAUAUUUUUAACGGUUUUUAUAUUUUAUUGUACUGUACUUCUCUUUAGUUUUAACAUGCAUAUUUGUAACCUGCCAGUUUUUAUUAAUUCAGAAUUUUACUUGACAUAAUAUUCAUAACAAGAUUUUUCCUUGUUUACAAAUUUAACUGUCUAUCAGGUGAAGUUAUACACAACAUUUACCAUACAUCUUUGGAAAACAUUUUAUUGAACUUUAUUAAAAUGAAUGUUUCUAAUUUACUAUAUUUAUUAAUAAUGACCAAGAACCCAACAUGUUUACUAAGUGAUUUACUGUACACAGUAUUCUGUAUGACGUUUAUUUUAGUUCUUAAGAUUUUGUUAAGUUUAUGUUUAGCUUUGUUAUUGUUAUUGUUUUAGUUAUUGGAUAAUUUUAUAAGACAUAUUUUUGUCUAGUUGUUCUUCUGUCUAAAGAAAAUUUAAAAUACUUGUUUUUUCAUUGUUUUUAAUGUAUGUAUUUUAUUAGGCAAAUAUACUCAAUGACAAUAAUUCUUUGUUUAUGUAUGAUUAAACCUCUUUAUUUUCAUAUAAAAACUUCAAAACCUCAUUUCAAAUUUAUUUCCUAAAAAUUAAAAAAUGAUUUAAAAAUUAUCAGACAUAGUCUUGCCUGUACAUUUUCCAGUAUAUAAAAAAAUAUUAAUGAUGGUUAUUAUAUAAUAUUCAUAGGGACUAGGAAGUUAAUUCAAAAUCAGAAUAAAGACUGAUAUUCUACAAGCACCUACAAAUAACAAGAAAGGUAGUCAGAAACACCUUUCCAGUUUUAGGAAUAUACAAUAAACAAUUAUUUAUUGUACAAUUACAAAUUGUAAUAACAAACUGGUUCAUAGUCAAUGAUUAAAAGUACAUAUCUAAAGCUUAUAACUUAAUAACUGUUGAUACAAAUUUUAUCAAUAUCAAAAACGUUAUAGAAUGUGAAAUAACAUUUAUUAAAUCUAAGCAUACAAACAUUUUAAAAUUUGUAUACAAGAUAAUAGGCUGUUUUUUUUUUACUAAGUACUUUUAGACUUUUCUAGAUUUAGAUAAGGGAAGUUUUUAUAUGACUGAAAUAUUAUUAUAUAAUUUCAAACCUAGAUAAAGAUAACUAAUUUCAAAUUUGUUUAGUUUAUGUGCC